AUGAUGUAUUUGGGAGGCAGUGAAGCUAUGUUAGACAUUGACAGAGAUAAGCUUUCUUUGCCCGAACUUUUGGGGCAUUUAAGAGAUCAUUGCACUGAUGUGGAGGGGAUACAAUGUCAGUUUUAUUGGUUAGUUCCAGGAAAAGAGAUGAAUGAUGGACUUGUUUUUCUGCAUGAUGACAACACUGUUCUUAAGAUGGCUGAGUUUGUUUAUGAUGGAGGAGUUGCAUAUGUGUAUGUUGAGAAGCAUGCUCCUGCUGAUGGGGAAGAAACAGUUGCAACAGCAUGCUCUGCUGGAGAGGAAGAGGAACAGUUCACCCCUUUAAGUGCAGUUAUGCGAGAAGAGCAAGUGCCCAGUGAUUAUAUACCUGAUGAUGAGUCAGCAUCUGACGAUGAUGAAGAAGCAAGAAAGAUCAAUGCUGACUAUGUAGAGUACAAGAAGAAACUCAGGGCUAGCAACAUUGACAUUUUAGAUGAAGUGUUCAUUACAGAUGCAGCAGUAGGUUCAAGGGAAAAUGUUGGAGAGGAUGCAGCUACUGAAAGCUACUCAGACAGCUCGGAUUUUGAUGACUCUUUUGAAGAAAACAAUGAUGGAGAGGUUGUCAGCAAACCAAAAAAAUAUCCUGUGUACAAAGACAGAGGAGAAGUACCAGAGUUCUGUCUUGGAAUGAAACUUGAAUCAAAGGAAGAGUUCAGAAAAGCAAUAAUUACUUAUGGACUGCAUCACAGAAGGUUAAUUAGGUUUAAGAAAAAGGAUUCUGUAAGGUGCAGAGCAGAGUGUGAUUGGGGGACAUGUCCCUGGUUCUGUUUACUAAGUAGGACAAGUAGGUGCAAUAGUUGGCAGGUGACAUCUUUCAUAGAUAAACAUUGUUGUCCAAAAAGGAAGGACAACAAGCUGGUCACUUCAGUGAGGAUUGCACAAAAAUAUGAUAAGCUCAUUAGAGGCCACCCAGGAUGGAAGAUUGACAGCUUGAAAGCACAUGUGCAAGAGGACAUGUUUGCAAAUGUGAGCACAUCACAAAUUAAGAGAGCAAAACAAAUUGUGAAGCAAAGAGUGUAUGAUUCCACCAAGUUCCAAUACUCAAAAGUGUUUGAUUAUCAGUUGGAAUUGCUGAGGAGCAAUCCAGGAAGCACUGUUGUUGUCAAACUUGAUCCAAAGGAAAGAGUACCGACAUUUCUGAGAAUGUAUGUGUGCUUGGCUGCUCCGAAAGAAGGUUUCAAGGCAGGUUGUAGAAAAGUAGUAGGAAUGGAUGGAUGUUUUUUCAAAGGAGCAACAAAUGGAGAGCUGCUCUGUACUAUAGGGAGGGAUGCAAAUAACCAAAUGUACCCAAUUGCAUGGGCAGUAGUUGAGAAGGAGAAUAAUGACUCAUGGGAUUGGUUCUGUAAUUCAUUGUUUAGAGAUUUGGAAGUGGAAGAUGGUCAAGGCUGGGUGUUCAUAUCUGACUAG